AUGGAAUCGGGCACUGAAGACCUACACCCGCACAGCCCCUCUGUGGAACACCCCACUGACCAGCCUCCCGUCCAGCAGGACUCCAUGGAAGAAAGGGGCUCUGAUGUGGAGGACAAACUAUCCCAAGAAAAAGGCAAGACAUUCUCUUCCCAGGAGGACAGUCAUCUCAAUGCCUCUUUUUCUCCAGGGUCAGAGCCCGAGACAGAUGAGGAGAAUUCAAAGGAAAACGAGACACAGGACAGAAACAGCUGCACUACUCUGUCAGAUUCAGAACGCGGCUCCAGUCCGGAGAGCUCCAGGAAGAGGAAGCUCAAUUCCAGGGACGGCACCUGCGAGAGAACAGGGGCCUCUCCAGAUGAGCGCAGUGCGACUUUGGAAAAGAAGAAACACAAGGUCCUUGACUCUGGCCACAGCAGGAAGAGUGAAGAAAUCCGGGAUGCCCGCCCCAGGAGGUCCCAGAGGAGGCGCCCUGGGCACAGCAAGAGGCCCAGAUCCAGGUCCCCAGGAGACCAGCCGCCUCCACUUCGGAAAAGCCUCUUGACCGCCCUGCGCUCUAUGUCUGUGGCCAUUUAUCAGAACAUAGUUAAUGUGUACAAUCAGAAGGGCUAUUCCCCGCUGCUCUGGGAGCAGCUGGCCCAGCUGCGGGGGCCUCUGUGCACCGCGGUGCUGACCACGUACGCCAUGGCCAACCAGGCGGCCUAUGUCUUCCCUGCUGAGGGCUGGCUCGUCCCAACCCCACUGUCGGCUCCCUGGAGUCCAGCCAGGGAUGGAGGAGAAGGUCCGUGCUCCAAGGACAGUCUACCUCUUCCCUAG